UCCCUCCCAGUGCUCCCAGUACCGCCGGGCUGGGGGCGGGGCCAUGGCGGCGCUGCCGCUGCCCCUCCCCCUCCUGCUGCUGGCCGGGGUGGCCGAGGGGACCCCGCGGGGGACAGAGGGGACAGCGCUGGACCUGGGCUGGGCCGCAGCGAUGGGGACGGAGCCUGGUGUCCUGCGGGGCCGGUGUUCCCGGCUGAGCAGGAGUUCCUGGAGGUGGACCUGGGCCGGCUGCACCUGGUGACACUGGUGGGGACACAGGGACGCCACGCGGGGGGACACGGCCGCGAGUUCGCCCGGCAGUACCGGCUGCGCUACAGCCGCGACCGGCGCCGCUGGCUGCGCUGGAGGGACCGCUGGGGUGACGAGGUGAUCGGUGGCAACGAGGACCCUGAGGGGGUGGUGCUGAAGGACCUGUCCCCGGCGCCGGUGGCCCGGGCGCUCCGGGUGUACCCGCGGGCGCCGCGCGCCAUGAGCGUCUGCCUGCGCCUUGAGCUCUACGGCUGUCCCUGGGAGGCCGGGCUCUUGUCCUACACGGCCCCGCGGGGACAUGUCAUGGCCCUGGAUCCUGUCCCCAUCGUCCUCAAUGACUCCACCUACGACGGCUUCAGCGCUGGCCC